AUGUCCUAUACUGCCGGCUCUUGUACUGAGCUCGACCAGCUACCCCCCGUCUUAAGCCCGGCGGUUGUUCAGGAUCGUACGGAGGGCGGGGUGCUAGUUGCUACAAAGAAUGAAUCACAUGGCUCGCAGUUUACGGCACAUAAUCGCCAACCUCUGCGGCUCGGGAACGACAAUCACGAUCCUGAAGGUAGAGAGUCUGUAUCAUUCGCCGAAAAUGAAGCCCCAAGCGUCGCUCAAAGCUUUGCUUUCCCGCCGAAAACUACAUGUCGGAUGCUUAGCUGUUGUUUGAUGAACUUUGGAGGCGGCUUAAAUGACAGUGCUCCCGGUGCAUUAAUCCCCUACAUCGAAAAAGAGUAUGGCAUUGGUUAUGCGGUCGUGUCUCUCAUAUUUGUGACCAACGCCUUGGGAUUCAUCCUCGCUGCACCCUGUACUCAUGUCCUUGAAGCCCGUCUCGGCCGCGCUUGGACAUAUUCGCUGUCUUUAUUAAUGGUCGCCAUUGCACAUGCAGCAAUAAUUGCCAAACCGCCGUUCGCUGUGGUCGUUUCAUGCUUUUUCUUCAUUGGAUUCGGGCUUGCGGUUAGCCUGGCACUCAACAACGUUUUCUGUGCCAACCUAGUGAACAACACGGCUGCACUUGGGGGUCUCCACGGCGCUUAUGGCGUCGGUGGUACGAUUUCGCCGCUAAUCGCAACUGCAAUUUCGGCGAGCGGCAUCCCCUGGAGCAUCUUCUACGUUAUCCCGCUUGCCGUUGGGCUUAUCAAUAUCGUAUUCUCGGUUUGGUCUUUCCGAGACUAUGAGAAAGACCUAUCCGUCCACCACCCCCCUACUGCCCGACAAGUAUCUCCUCAACAUUCUGCUCAGAGCACAGGAGUCCAUAGAGACCAUGCUCUUAAGAAAGCCAUCAAGAAUAGGGUCACGCUACUGGGAGCCUUGUUCAUAUUUGCGUACCAAGGUGCCGAAGUUUCCAUUUCUGGAUGGGCCGUAUCUUUUCUUGUUGCUUAUCGCCGGGGGGAAAUUGCCAAGGUCGGAUAUAUUAGCACUGGCUUUUGGGCUGGCAUUUCCCUAGGCCGGUUCCUUCUGUCUCAUCCUGCUCAGAAACUUGGGAGAAAGGUCUCUACGGCCGGCCUCAUAGCGGGUUCAGCGUUUUUUCAACUGCUCGUCUGGCUAGUUCCCAACAUCGUUGGUGAUGCCAUUGCGCUCGCCAUUGUCGGUCUUCUGCUUGGUCCCAUAUAUCCGUGCGCCACAGCUGUUUUCGCGACAUUGCUUCCACGUGGAAUCCAGCUUUCGAGUCUAGGAUUCGUUAGCGCCAUGGGUAGCAGUGGUGGCGCAGUAGCGCCGUUUUUCACCGGUCUUCUCGCACAGAAUCUUGGUACAGUAGUGCUACACCCGAUAUGCAUAAUGCUGUAUGCUGUGAUGCUUGUUUCUUGGGUUUUCCUUCCAAAGAUUCGAAAAGAGGACUGA